ACUUAAUUCUAUAUAUGUAUAUAGAUCUAGAUUCUAGAUCUUCAUUUUUCAUGUAUUUUUUUUUAAACUUUAGUUAGAAGACUUCUGUCUUUACAAUAAUCUGGCAAAUUUGCGUCUUUAGAAACAUGGCUGACGUUUACCCAGCAAAUACUAUUUGCACAGAAAUCAAUAACCAAUACACUGCCCUGGAUGUAGUUCCAACACACAAGAAGUUCAAAGCACCAAAAAGAGUUCUUCAUUUUAGCGAUGGCAUUCUAGAAGAAUAUUCUUCAGAUGAAGAAGACUCAGCACCAGCUCCAGCUAGCACAAGUAUAAACCCUAAAGAGUUGGCAUGGGCACCUUGGUUUGUUCAUCAACUUACUACAGCCUUUCACAAAUCUCUAAGAGGUGCAGACUUUUGUGGAGAAAAACUGGCUUGGUUGUUUGGUAUCACAACUCCCAAAUAUCAGUAUGCUCUGGAUGAAUAUAGGCGAAUGGAAAAAGAGCAAGAGGAAGAACGUAUCAGGAACCAGAAACUGCAUGAAGAAUCUCAAGGUUUGUCUGUGGUAAAUGUCAGCCUACAUGGUACCAAGCAGUAUUCAAAGGAAAACACUUCUGACAAGGGAGAGCAUUUUUAAUGAGGCAAAGCUUUUCUGACAAGGCUUAUGUUGUAUACGGAUCUUUCAUUUCUUUGUCUAAUACUCCAAAUUUUCUUCUCUCUUUGAUGUAUUGACUAAUUAAAGAACUGACGUGGAUUGUUUUUUUGUAAUUGAAAGGAGUUUUGCUGGAUGGCUUUGUUACUUUUAUAAGGAAUUAUGGCCCUUAAAAUAUAAAUGGUGGGUGCAAUAUAAUUUAAUGAUUUAUAAUAUUGAAGGUUUAAUAAUAUAUUGUAUAAAUAUGUUAUUUCAUUUACUUUUGCAUUUAUGAUUAAUUUUGUGUUUGUUUUUUAGAAAAAAAGAGCUUGUAGUUGAUAAUAUUUGUAGGCUUCUUUUUUCCAUCUUUAAGCUAGUAUAAUUUUUGUAUCAGUUCAUUAGGAAAAGUCUACCCACCUUGACUGUACACCAAAAAUACAGGUAUUUCUUGGUAGCCUACAUUUUAAAUUUUGCAGUAGAAAUAAUUUUACUGUUGUUCAGACAGUGAGCAAAGCUUCUGAGGCUUUGUGAUUUGUUGCUCUAUUUUAGUAGGCUUUCUUCAAUAAUGUUACUUAUAAACUGCAAGAAGAAAUGUUAAGAUGAGCCUAAAACCAUGUGCAAACUGGCUGGCUAAGAUUUUUAAAUUCUUAAUAAAUGAUGUUUCAAUAACCAUUUAUUUUGAGCAAACCAGUCUGAAAUCUAGAUAUAUAAUUCUAUAGGUCAGUGUGGUGUAACUGAAAACAGCACUCUAUUUUUCCACAGGAUAAACUGGAAAAGAGCCUAGAAAAAAAGCUGGCUAGAAGAAGCGGGUCAAUUUAUUUUAAAAAUUAAUGUUUUUAUAUUAAAAUCAGAUGGGGAUACUAUCUUGCACAUGAUGUUUUAUUGAUAUUUGCAAAGAAACAUAUUUUAUAAAUAAAAUGUUGGAGAUGUCAUAGUUGUGGAAAUAAUUGAACAUCUGUCACUUAUUUAUGAUCUAUCAAAAACUUUCUUUUUCAAAAUAUUUUGCUUGUACCUACGAAACAGUUUUACCAAUUUUCUUACCUUAAGAUGCUUUUAAUUCAUAGAUAUUUCUGACUUAUAGUUCAUUAGUUUGUAUUGGUCAUUGGAAUACUGUGUGUUCAUAAGUUAAACAACUUGUGUGUAUCAACAAUAAAUUUUAGUCUCACUCCACCUACACUGAAUGUUGAUCCUGUUCAUGAUAGCAAGAUCUGUAGACUAACAUACUUAAUGAUGUGAUCAUUGCAUCUAAUGUAUUGAGAACAUAUUUUCAGUUUAUAAUUUAAAAAAAACAUACACACACUGAAAGAUGUUUAGCACAGCUCCAUUGUGAACAUUGUAUUCUACAAGUGUAGCAUUCAUUGGACUCUGAAGAUAAAUGAAGAGUGCAGUAUUUCAUAUGGCUAUGCAGUCCCAGCUGUGACCUACAUAUUUUACUACAUCCAGCACAGACAUAACCUUUGUCCACCGGUGGUUGAUUUAGGUUCUCUUUUUGCCGCUUCUGUCGUCGGUAGUGGAUUUUCAUUUGGUCUUAAAUGUAUAUCCUGUGGCCUUUGUUAGGAAUCUCCAGCUGUCUCGUUCAGAAGGCAAGUUGGCACCAAAGCUGGUAUUUAAAGAUAUAAAUUAUGAUAUUUUUUUUAAAGAAAAAAUGUGCUCUGCUGGGAUAAUGCUAAGCUGAUUUUGGUAAUACAUUUUCAUUGUGUAGAGUUUGUUACAAUUUUUUAAUAAAACUUUCCUAACAUAACACAUUAGAACUAGCUGUCAAAAUCCUUUUAUUUUGUUCUUUAAUGAAAGUAAGAUCAUUGGGGUAUUUAACACAGAAGAAAAUAUUACACAUCCUGGAACUUUUUAUCUUACAGAUGUCAUCUCAUCUCUGCCAGCUUUUUCCAUCUCUGCAAUUGCUUUCUUUUGGCCUAGUUCUAAUGCCAUUUGUUUUAAACUUUCUAUAUAUUUAUAUAGCUUUACUGGUACUAAUCUGUCAUAACAUUUGCAGAAGUUGUUUUUUUCUUUGCUAGUAAUGUAAUUUUUAUUUGUAUGUUUCUGACUCAAAUAAUGUAAAAUCUUACUUGAUUUUAGUCAACUAGUAGAGUAAAAAUGUUCCUUUUUCUUUUCACAAACACUUCUUGGGUCUGUUUGGUUUAAAACAGAACUUUUCAACCUCUUUUAUUUGUACAUUUCAAAUGACCCUAUCUUCACCUAGCUCAACAUUUAUUUAAGUGGAUGUUUGCUAGGACAAACAUUGAACACCAGCACCAAGUGUCCACCAAAACACUGUAGAUCAAAGUAUUUGCAUAAUGAUCAGAUCUACUUGAGUAUUUGUAUAUAACAGAAGGUUGAAACCAAUUUGUUUUGUGUUAUAGUAUUUACAAGACUAGUCAUUGAAAAAAAAAAGGGGGUGGGAUGAUUAGUCUUGUAGGUGGUUGUUCAUUAGUAACACUCUGCCUAGAGGGUUUCUAGAAUUUAGCCUCUUAAAUGUGUAUGAUAUCUGUGAUAAAUGCAAUGAUAGAAUAGUAAUUAGUAAAUAUAGUGAAAAUUUGUAAAAUAGGAUAACAUUUCAGGCAUUUAUUGUUAUUGUUUUUUUUUUUAGUUUACAGUUUUUUUCAUUAAAAGUCGUGUAAAGUCUAACAAAAAAAAUAAAUAAUAAUAAUAAAUAAUAUUAAAUUUAAUAACAUGUAACAGUGUCUAACAGGAUUUGAGUGUUAAAGCUUAUUGCAAGAUCUGAACAGAUCAAUGGGCUUUGUUUUAGAAAAAUAAAUUGUGGACUUGACGCUAUAUGUACAUCUAUAGUAUAAUUAGAGUUUGCUAACAUUACUCGUGAUUAAUUUGAGAGCUCAAAGUCAAAAAAAUUUUGUGAUGUACAAUUUUUUUCUCAUUUUCACUAUGACAUAAAUUGUAUCUCAAUAUUGUUUGAAUGUUUGCACAUUUUUUUAAUGAGCUAACACUUUGUGGUUUUCAAUGCUGGAUCAUUCCAAACAACUGAAUACAACAAUAAAAUGGAGGCACUGUU